AUGACCGUUAGGAAUCAUUCCCCUGAGAGCUGGAACAUACUGACUGAGGGGAGACGAAUGCGAUAUGCAUGUUUGUGUUCUGCUGCAAGACUACUGACCUUACGCCUAACUCCUAGUAUAGACUCCACAAGACAGGGAAAACAACGUUCAUUACUUGUCUGCUACAAUUGCUUGAGCUUUUUGAUUUGCUCUGCCCAGUCAUAUAUAACACCGUCGUCCGGAAUCAGCAGAAGGACGAUAUGCGAUCCCUUGUCGCGAAUGGAUGGUACUAUGCAAGAAAACCUCGUCUUCCGUGUACAAAAAGAAGCGUCCAAAUUUGUAGCGCUAGUUGCAUGUUGUAUGAGACUUUACGCUAUUAUUCAAUCUCAUUUAUAA